GGGUGUGUGAGGGCCGGGUGUUGCUGGAGGAGUCGGUGUCGCGGCUGCCCGCGGAUUUGGGGUUCGGUGACGCGGCCCCCGCGCUCGCCAGGCUCAGAGCAGAAGAGCCACAUCAGUUCAAAACACGGGAGCGACACCAAGCAAACAUUGCUGUUGAAGGAAAUGAUUCUUUUGUUCAUUUCAGGACCAUGCACGGUGACUUUAUCUGGCACCAAUUCUCGCCCAGUCAUUUGUGACCCAUGGCUCUUGCGAUAUGUCGAAGAUUUCCAGGCAGUUUCUGUGGAACACCUCCCAGACCAGCUCUAAUCAAGUACCACACAAACAAGAAAUUGCUUGGUCAAACCUGUGAGGACUGUGCUCUGCCUGCCAAAAAGAUCAGUACUGACACCAGAAUGGCAGCCACACUCAAGUGGGUAAAACCAUUAAGAUAUCAAAUGUUUUGCAGUCCUUUUGCCUACAAUGCUACCCAAUGUGUGGCAUAUUGGAAUGUGGGAAGCAGCACACGGUCUUGGGGACAGGACCCUGCCAAACAAGUUGAGAACAUUUGUAGCACCUCAUCUUCUUGGAGGAUCCUGACAACCAGCGGUACCCUCCUGGGUGUGGAGCUCAGCAAGGCUUCUGCCUCUAAGGCCAGCACGUUGCAGCCAGACUCACCAAGCACCGUGAGAGAUGGAGAGGAUGUGGAAGUCUUUGAUUCCUUUGAAGACCCCCGAAUGUUCCUACAGCUGAGACCAGAGUACCAGCUUCACAGCUAUAACAGAUCUGAAACUGGUCAGCCACUGUCUGUUUCAGAAGGUGAACUAAUUUUGUAUACAAUCACAGUUUUUCAAAGUAAGCUCCAGCCCCAAGUCAUUGCUGAUUAUUUCCGUAAGCUGAGCUCUUUGCCUGCAGCGCAGCGUCCUGUCUUGCUGUCUAGUACUGGCUUUACUUUGCUCUGCCGGCUGAGUGUGAAAAACAUACAGCUCUUUGAUACCCUAGAUCUGAUCGGUAUUUUGAAAGCCCUUGUCCGUUUAGGAAUCCCUCACUCCCAUCCAAUGCUAGAAGUGUAUGAAACCAAAUUUUGUCAUCAGGUCUGGGAUAUGAGCCUGGAUCAGCUUCUCUUGGUGGCUGACCUCUGGCGGAACUUGGGCCGCAAAGUACCUCGGUUUUUAAAAAUCUUUUUUAGUUAUCUAAAUUUACACUGGAAAGAUCUCUCCUUAUCACAGCUGAUUCACUUAAUAUAUAUUAUAGGUGAAAGUCGGCAGGUCCCCCAGGACCUAAUGCAAAAACUGGAAUCAUUGAUCCUCAAGUACAUAGAUUUGAUCAAUUUAGAGGAGGCUGGUGCAAUCUGUUUGGGAUUCUUUAAAUCAAGUAGUAAUCUCUCUGAAUUUGUCAUGCGGAAAAUCGGAGACUUGGCCUGUGCUGACAUGCAGCAUCUGAGUAGUUAUGCCUUAGUGAGUAUUCUUAAAAUGUUGCGCUUUACACACGUGGAUCACAUAAAUUUCAUGAAACAGAUGGGACAGAUUGCUCCUCAGCGAAUUCCUUCCAUAGGAGUUCAGGGUGUUAUGCAUCUGACUCUUGCCUGCUCAGCCUUACGCGUGCUAGACGAACACGUAAUGAAUGCUGUGGCUGCUUCUUUGCCUCCUAGGGUAGCACACUGUCGAUCUAAAGAUGUUGCCAAGAUUUUGUGGUCGUUUGGAACUCUGAAUUAUAAGCCACCCAACACAGAAGACUUUUAUUCCAGCCUGAUAAAUGAGAUUCACAGAAAGAUGCCUGAGUUUAAACUAUUCCCAGAACACCUGCUCACCUGCCUACUGGGCCUGGCAUUUUCUGAGUACUUUCCAGUAGAGCUCAUUGAUUUUGCUCUGAGUCCAGGGUUUGUCAAGUUAGCUCAGGAGAACAGUAGGUUUGAACUCACUAAGGAGCUAUAUACUCUUGAUGGCACAGUUGGCGUUGAGUGUCCAGAUUACAGAGGCAAUCGUCUUAAUUCUCACCUUCAGCAAGAGGGGUCUGAAAUGCUGUGGAAUUUAGCCAGGAAGGAUAUGACCUCAAAGCCUGAAUUCCUAGAAGCUCUCUUUUUACUUCAGACUGUGUUGGGUGGGCCCCAGUACAUCAAGCACCAUAUGAUUUUACCUCAUACCCGAUCUUCUGACUUAGAGGUGCAGCUUGAUGUCAACAUGAAGCCAUUACCAUUCAACAGAGAAGCCACAUCAACUCCAAGUGUAGACAAAUUAAGGCUUAAGCAUGUGGGAGUCAGCCUUACAGACAAUUUGAUGAAUCAGCUACUAAGAGGGACACGAAGAAGGCAUUUCCAGGGGGAAAUUGAGUCAGAGACUGGGCAGCAGCCCAUGGAGUUAGAGAAGAAGGCAGCCAUACACUUGAGGGGUUCCAUCUGCAAUGUGACAGAUAGGUUGGAGGCCAUGGAGAUGGCUGACCUAUGCCCCCCAGCCCAGCUGCAGGCCCCUCAUGUGAAGCUGGCAAUUCAGUUCACAAAUAGGAACCAGUAUUGCUAUGGUACCAGGCAUCUGCUUGGAUUGCACAAUAUGAAGAGACGGCAGCUGGUUCGGCUUGGGUAUCGUGUAGUAGAAUUACUCUACUGGGAAUGGUUCCCACUACUGAAAAGAACUCGCUCAGAAAAGCUGGCAUUCCUCCAUGAGAAAGUGUUUACCUCUGCACAAUGAAGGGCCUUUAGGGGCAUUUCUACUUGCAUUUGCACUGUACAAGUGUUAUGAAACAAUUAUAAAAGCCAAAAUAUAGGUUUGGUAAUAAAAUUAUCUGUUGUAGGGGCUUAGUUGUGCUCUUCUCUGUGACGGAUUGGAACUAGUCUAUGUAACUGAAAAUUGUAACCUGGUCCUGUUGUACAAGUUGCUGCUAAUUUGUGCAUAUUACGCUUAGGUAGAUAAUAAACAUUAAAAUGUAAGGUGAAGUGCUAUUGCAUUUUUCCUUCUUUAUCUGCCUUAUCUCAUGGUUAUUUAAAAUUUUUGGAAAAAAAAAGAGUAGUCGGACAUUGUCUAAAGCCAAUUUUUUAAAAGUAGUUUUCAUAUGCUUUGCUUUAAAGUAAGAAUCUUUUUCAUCUUCACUUAUAUUUCAUGGUUUUUUCCCUGUGUGACCCUGUAGCACAGAGCAGAACUGCCCCAUAGGGUUUCCAAGGAGCAGGCUGGUAGAUUUGAACUGUCGACCUUUUGAUUAGCAGCAAAACCCUUAACCACUGUACUACCAGGGCUCCAUGUAUAUACCCAGAAAGACCCAAACCCACUGCUGUCCAGUCGAUUCCGACUUAUAUAUUUACGUGUACGUAUAUAAAUCCAAAUAUAAACAUAUGCAUUUGCCACCUCGACAUUUUUUACAUGUACAGUUCAGUGGCAUUAAUUAUGUUCAUCAUGUGAAACCAUCAUACUUCUCAUUCUUGUGUAAAUUUGUAUGUGUGUGUCCUUAGUUGCUUGUUCUUCCUGUUUUAAAGAACCAUGUCAGAAUUAGUGUGCUAAAUGUCUUCUUAGCUCGCUCUUCUCCAUUUCUACUUGUACAUAAACUUUUUUCCCCUGGGAUAUUUUCUCCCUAAAAAUGGACCUGUUGUUAGUUGCCAUCGAGUCGAUUCAGACUCAUGGAGAUCCGUGUGUGCAGAGUAGAACUCCGUAGGCCAUAGACGUCUUCCAAGGUGCUUCUCUGUGGGCUUGAACUGCCAGCCUUUCAGUUAGUAGCCUCGCACUUAACCAUUUGUGCUACCCAGGGACUCCUUUGAAAUUGGACCUAAGAGUAGAAUUAUAUGAGUGCUGUUGGGCCAAAACCAGAAACACCAAAACCGUUGCCAUCAAGUCGAUUCCAACUCAGAGAGACUAUAGGACAGAGUAGAACUGUCUGGGCCAGUAGGUCCCAAAUCUGUGGAUGAGGCGGAAUGUUUUUUAUGGCAGGUAGCUCAGGUAAGAAGGAAACGCGUUAGCCUCCCACAGUAGGAAGUCCAGCGGUCUUCAGAUUUGGUUCGUUAUGAGCCCCAGGCAAAAGGAGGUUGUGCACAGGUAAGUAACACAACACAGGUAACUUUUGUAAACACUUGUGGUCUGUGAGAAUUUCUUUUAAAAGGAAUCCGUACAUACUCAAGUUUGAGAAAUACUGAUUUAAGCUUUUAAAAAAUGUAUUGAUUUAAUUUCAGAUGGGUAAUACAAUAGCAUGAUUCCCAAGGUAUUCAGUGAAACGUUUUCCACCCACCCCUGUUUUCCUGCCACGUGGUUCCCUGCCUGGAGAUAGCUCGUGCUACCAGUUUCUUACAUAUUCUUCCAGAGGCGGCAUAUACAAGGAAAUCAGUGAACAUACUUUUUUUUUUUUCAAGUGAAUACACGUGUGUGUGUUUUCUUUUUGUAUUAUGGAAACUGGUCCUUCAUUUUUUCUCUUCCAAGUAGCUCUCAGCAGGGGGCAUUUAGAAAAGUCUGGGAAUGUUUUCGGUUUUCAGAGUCUCUUGGCAGCACAACUGGACGGGGAUGCAGGGAUAGCCCCCUACAAGAAAGAAUUAUAAGGAAAAUGCCAACGGUAGCGCCUCCGUUGAGAAACAUUGCAUCUGGUGGUUUGUGGAUGUGAAGAUUAUCGAGUUGUGUAUGUGAAUUUUGUUCCCAGCCACCUUGCUAAACUUUCUGAUUGUAAUAGUUUUUCAGUUGAUUCUCUUGGAGUUUUCAGGUGUAUAAUCACCAUUUGCAGAUAACGAUAAUUUUACUGCCACCUUUCUAGUUUUUAUAUUUCUAAUAUUCUUUUGUCUAAAUGUGUUGUUUUGUACUUUAAUUGAGAAUGAAUAUUGAAUUUCAUCAAAUGCUUUUUGACAUUUGAGGAGACGUUUUUACUUUAUACCUUUUAAUACGUGAAUUAUAUACUAAGAUCUCUAAAAUUGAACCGUUUUCACAUCUCUGGGUUAAAUCUCACUUGGUUAUGGUUUAUUAUUCAGGGAAGUUUUUAAAAAUACAGGUUCUCAGACCCUGCUCCUAAAAGUUGGGUAGUGGAGAAAUCUGUAUUUUAAAAAGACUGAAAAAAAACUUCUCAGGUGAUUUUAGUAAUCAGCCAGUUUGUGAACUUGUGUGUCUUAAGGCUACGGUUGGGGAUUAAAGCCACUUUCUCCGCUGUGUGAUACAAACCUUCUCUUUGUUUCCCACCCCCUUUUCCAUCAGCUUUUUGGCCAGCUGCCCCAGCCCUGAUCUGCCUUUUCUUGUGCCUAUUUAUCUACUCCAACAGUGUCCUCUAGAUAGAGCCUGGCCUCCCUUGUUUCCUCUCUAGCUGCUCAAGAAAAGGUAGUCAGGGAGGUGGCUCCAUGCUCACUUACCUUGUCAUAACCUUCCCCAGUGGCCCUGCUCAGAGCAAUACUGUUGUCCAAGUUGGCCGUGUCCCCAAAACUGCAUUGCAGUUGCCCCCUAUGUUUAUAUCUGGUGCCUUCAAAUUGUCCGCCGUUGCUAGUGGGAGCCCUUCAAGUCGGCUCCUAAGGCCUCUUGACAUGACCCCAAUAGUCUUUCAUAGCAUCCUUGCUACCUGAGGUGACAAGAUGUUCCAAGAUCAUUUUGUACAUUUCUUGUUCCGGACUUGGAGGUAGCCGUUUCUCUAAGGAACUCUGAUUCCUUCUAAGACUAACCCACCCUUCUAACUUUUAUUUCUUCUUAUCCAUCACACCCUCUAUACUCCGCAUUUGUAUCAUCCACUCUACUCAGUCCUUCCUGGAUAUGCUUUGUGUUUUCCACAAGUUUGGACCUUGUCCUUGAUUUUAUUAUCUACCUAGAAUGCUCGUCUCUUUUCAUAUUUCUAGAAAAAUCAUAUUCUUCCUCAAGGCUACCUUCUCUCCUCUGUGCCAUCUUACCCACACAGAAUUAAUCAUUCAAUUCAGUGAACGUGAAUUAAACAUCUGUUCUGUGUUAGGAUCUGAAUAAGACACCAUUCCCUACCCUAAAUGCAUUCUUAACACCUAGGUGUUGUACAAAGAGGAGAGAUUGAAAAGCUCCAGGGGAGGGUAGGGGUGAGAACCUCUCCCCUUCCCACAAUAGGGUGCACUUGAGCAAGAUCUGAAGAGAAGUGGGAUUUUCAGGGUAUAUGUGGUGGGGGGGGAAUUUUUUUUUUUAUGUGGGGUCAUUCCAGGUUUUAUGUGGGGUCAUUCCAGGCAGAUGAUGGGAUGCCUUUAGCACCUGAAAUGAAGCUGAGCUGAGCUGACGGGGCUUUCUGUGCUGGCCUCUCUUGCCCUUCACCUGUCUUCUGUCCUGCACUCUCCAAGCUCCAGGGCUUUGGCUGGCUGUUCCCUCAGCCUGGAAUGUUCCUCUCCUGGGAUGCAGAGCAACUUCCACCCAGCAUUGUUUAGGUCGCCUCUCAGAGAUCACAUCUUUGGAGAGGACUUCCUUGUCCCUGCUGACCAAAAACAGCACACCACCGUCCCUCCCUCCCUUCACCUCCCCACCCCCACUUAGGUCAUGCUGUCAUUUUUCUCCUGCGUCAUUUUCCUCACUGCUCUCAGCAGCAGCAGAAAUUAUUCUUUGUUUGCUUGUAAGUCUCCCCUUUUGGAAGGUAAGCCCUUUGAGUUAAUUUUGUCUAGUUAACUUCUUUAUCUCCAGUAGGUCCUGGCAGAUAAAUAAUGUUCAGUGAGUGUGCUCUGGGCAUUUAGAGUAGCUGGGCAUUGCUGAAGGAAUUCUGGUGAUGCAGUGGUUAAAGCACUCGCCUGCCAAAUGAAAGGUUGGCAGUUCGAACCCAUCAGCCAUUCUGCAGGAGAAAGACAUGGCAGUCUGCUUCCAUAAAGAUGUACAUUCUUGGAAACCCGGUGGGGCAGUUCUGUUCUGUGGGGCCACUAUGAGUCGGAAUCAAGUUGACACAGUGGGUUUGGUUUUGCAGUUUUUUGGGGCAUUGCUGGAGAGCCGGGGUGGUGGGCAGAUUGUGGGGCUGGAGGGGUGUAGAGAGUGUCUGGGUCACAAAGGCCUUAUGGCCUUGCUAAAGAGCCUAAGUCUUCAGGGGCUGUGUGCCCCUAAAGGGUUCUAAGUCAGGAAUAAUUGGGCCAAUUCGUGUUUUUUUGAAAGGUUAGGAAAGGAGCAAGAUAGAAGUAGGUGGGGAGGGGAGUGCGAGAUGAGGCAGGGAGAAUAUUUCACAGAUGUUUGCAAGAGCCUAGGUGAGAGAUGAGGGUCAGAGAUGUGGGAGUGAAAAGUUUGAAUUGCAGAGGUGUUUGGAAGGGCAACUUGACAAAACUUGAUAACUGAUUGGGUUGAAGUUGAUUUUGGUGCCUAGAUUGAUAAAGUGUCAGCAGCUAAAAUUGGGAGCAAAGCAGGAAAGAUGUUUGAGUGGGGGGGUGGGGGAGGCUGCUGAUGAGUUUGCCCUGAUCUUGCUGAGAUGUCCGACCUUUUGCCUAAAGGUUCAGGCUCAAAAUGGGGACUAGGAUGUUUGCAGCCAGAACCCCAAGUGAGUGAAAUUGCCUGGAGCAGAUGGGAGGGAGUUUUGCAGGCAGGCAGGGGGAAAAUGACCAAGAGGAGAUGACAUUUAUGGGGAGGAUGAAGAAACACGGAUCCUGUGAUGAAGAAGGAGAAAGAACAGAUAAACAGAUUUAGGAAAAAUGGCGGCAUAGAAACCAAAGGGAAAGAAGAGUAUUUCAAAAAAGAGGUCAGAUGCUGGGGAUAGAUGAGUUAAGGCAAGGACUGAAAAGUCUCCAGCAAAUUUGGCAGCUUGAAUAUCACUGAUGAGUUUAGCGGUGGCAGUUUGAAUUACCAGGGCAAAAGCCAGAUCGCAGACCUGUUGAAUGAGUGGAAGUUAAGGAAUGGAUUACACAUGUUGAGAACCUUGAAAGGGGAGACUUAGCAGGGGUUAGAGAAGGGCUGGGAUUGCCAGAUAAUACAAAAACAAAAAAGCCAAACCCCUUGCUGUCGAAUCGAUCUGACUCAUAGUGACCUUACAGGACAAAAUAGAACUGCCCCAUAGGGUUUCCAAGGAGCGCCUUGUGGAUUCAAACUGCCAACCUUUCAGUUAGCAGCUGAACUCUUUAACCACUGCGCCACCAGGGUUUCUAGAUAAUACAAGAUACCCAGUUAAAUUUUAAUUUCAGAUAAAUAAUAAUUAGUGUGUCCCAAAUACUGCAUCCUUUAUUUUUAUUUGCUAAUUUCUGUCAACCCUAAGAGAGACCCAGCAUUACAGCAGGAUUUUUUUGGGGGAGGGGGGCAGAAAAGAAUUAUGUUUAUAUGCUGAGGAAAAGGAUCCACUAGUCACAGAGAAGUGGAAGAUUCAGGAGACAGGCAACAGAGGAUGGAAUAAGGCCCUGGAGGAGAGGGACUAAUUUAGGGCCAGGUUUGUAUGUGGAGAGCCUGGCCACCUACUUGGGUUCCCACAGAACUCAGUAAUGACACUGUAAUUAAGGCACCGAGGAAAUGGUAUUAGAGCCUUUUACACAUCUUGUUUUGAGACUGUGAGUCUCUUAAAAGUAAAAACUGCCUACUUGUGCCUAGCAGAGUGCCUUGUACAUAGUAAGCCCUUGAAGGGUGAAUUGGCUCCAAAUGGCUCCAAUUGCAAGCUUCUUUUGGCUCCACACCUGUGUUCUGGUCUUCCAUGUGCACCUCUUACUGGGACAGCUGUCUUUCAUUUUAACUGGCUCUAAGAAAAAUGCACACACGUCUUUUUUUUUUUUUCAUGGAUGGACAAGUAACUCAAUUUAGAAAUUACAAGAGGUAUUGUGCUUCUUUAAAAGCUGAAGUGCCCAAUUUAUAAAAUUGCUCAAUGCAUUGGUAUUCCACCCACUCUUUGAGGUUAAAUGCUUUUCUCUUUUUUGACAGGUAAUCUUUUUUUUUUCCCUCCUCUGUAACCUGUUUGAGCCUAGUCUUUAAGAUAUGGGUAUCUGCGGGAAUUACUUUCCAUUACGUUUUUGUGAGACUCAAAAUCAUAUUGUAUAACUCAGCCAUGACAACUUCUUUGUACAUAGGCCAAGGGAAAAUGGGUGCUCGGUGUGGUGUUCAGAAAGUGUCACGGUCACCUUAUCCUCUUCUACAUUAUCCCUCCGUGCCCCUCACUUCCUGUCCCUGGGUUCCAAAUCUCACAGAGAAAAGGUUUGCUUGGUUUCUUCAAGCUUCAAGGAAGCACAGACAGACACCUUCCAGACAGGGUGACCAACUCAUUCCAAUUUGCCUGGGACUUCCCUAGUUUUAGCAAUCAAAGUUCCAUGUUCUAGGAAACCAUUCAGUCCUGGGUAGACCAAGACAGUUGAUCAGACUGCUUCCAAAACCCUUCUCAGUCUCUCACUUUCCAUGAUUCAGCCUCAAAACAGGGAAGCAGAGGAGAAAGGUUUGUCUCCAUCUGGACAUCCAGACCUAUGGGGGCAGUCAGUUGCAAGAAAUAUCCUGGGUAUGUGUCUAGAUCCUCCAUCCUCUCUAAUAUCAUCCUGAAACCUCAGAAAUCCAGUCCAGUUAUUUAGUUUACAUUAACUUUAAACAUAAAAAGAACAACUACUUAUCCCACCACUCUAACGCAUUGCCUCUUUAAAUUUCUGAAUAACCAGGAGAGAGAUUGUAUGUGUAUACAUAUUCAUCUGUACAUAUUUCUAGGUAUAGAUCUCAACAAAUGUGUGAUCAUAAUAUGACUACAACUUUUGUGUUUUUUUUUUUCCUUUAUAUAUACUUUAACAUUUUUCUAGAUACUCAUAUUUAUCGUUUAAGUGACAUGAAUGUCAAGGAUAAACGUGUCACUCAAGUUUGUUUCUUAGAGUGUGGGUAGUGAACUUAACUAUUAACUAGAGUCUUCAGUUGAGGGGUUUAGAUCCAGGUGAAGAACGUCAGGGCUUCUGUUGACAAUAGAGUAUCUGAAUUUAUAAAAUAAAAGACUUUGUAAAGGGCGGCACAGGGAUCCUCGUGAUGGAACUGUUCUGUGUCUUGACUAUGGUAGUGAUUACACACAUCUACACAGGGAAUAAAAUAGUAGAGAGACAUCACUACCACAUAACUGAGUGCAUGUACAGCUGGUGAAGUCUGUGUAAGAUGAGUGGAUGCUACCAGGGAAUCAGUUUUCUGGCUGUGAUACUGUACUAUAGUUACGUUUGAUACUACCUCUGGAGGAGACUGGGUGAAGAAUACAUGGGAUCUCUCUGCACUUGCUUAAAACUGCUUAUGAACCUACAAUUAAAAUAAAAAGGUUAGUUUAAAAAAUUAAAAAUAUCUUAGAAGGCAGUUUUCACAUCCUUGUGAGAUACUCGGUACUAUGCUAUGCAUAGCUCAUUUUCCUUCUUUUAAAGAAUACCCCUCCCUCAAGAGAAAAAAAAAAUUAAAGGAAGAAACUGUCAAAGGAAAAAUUGAAAGUACCUGUCUUUCAAGAAGCCAUUUGCAAAGAUAGCCCCUUGUGUAGUAUAAAAAAGAUAGUGGAACUGCAUCAGUCGGGGGAAAAGGAAAACCCCUUGAAGGGUAGAUUGCCUCUAAGUGGUUCAGAAUUGCUGUUGUCGUCUAGGAGGUUAAUGGUAGACUUUUCAUUAGUGUCAUUUCUCUCCCUGGUAAUAAACCUUUUCUGACUUCCUCAGACCAGUAACUUUGGAGCCUUUUUUUGAGCUGCAAUUCUUAACUGCAAUUUUACAUCAAAACCCAGUACAUAUAUGUAAUUAAAAACCGCCCUGGUGGCACAGUGGUUAAGAGCUCGGCUGCUAACCGAAAGGUCGGCAAUUCAAAUCCACUGGCCACUCCUUGGAAACCCUAUGGGGCAGUUCUACCCUGUAGGGUCCCUAUGAGUCUGAAUCAACUCGAUGGCAAUGGAUUUGGUUUGGAAACCCUGGUGCCGUGGUGGUUAAGAGCUACGGCUGCUAACCAAAAAGGUCAGCAGUUUGAAUCCACCAGGCGCUCUUUGGAAACCCUGUGGGGCAGUUCUGCUCUGUCCCAUUGGGUCACUACGCGUCAGAAUCAAGUCGGUGGCACCGGGUUUGGUUUUUUUUUUUUUUUAAUAUGUAAUUGGGACAAAAGUUUCACAAAACAGUGUUCACCCUCAUGUGUAGUACACUCUGGUAUUUUCUUUCUCUUCUACUUAAUUAAAAAAAAAAUGUUAUGGCUCAGUAAUUUGAGUCCUUGAUUCUUGAUCUGCAGUUUGAAAAUACACUGCUCGGUCUACUAGGUGAAGUAGUCAAAGCCGCUUGGCAUGACAUUCAAGGCCUUCCCCAUCUGACUCCAUCUUCCUUCCCAGCCCUGCCUCCUACUCCUGCUUCUAGCUAACUGGCACAUUCAACAUUUCCUGAACCCGCCUCUCAUUGUCCCACCUUUGUGCCUUGACUCUUGCUGUCCUUCUCCUCAGUGCCGUUCUCCUUUUCUUGUUUGCACCUCUUGGCUCCUAUAGUUGAGCAUAUAUGGUCUGUUGUACUGUUAGUAUGUAGAGCUGCCCGUGAGGUCAGGC